GGCGGCGCGGCGGGCGCCGCCGCGGCGGGCGCCGCCGAGGCGGGCGCCGCCGAGGCGGGCUCCGAGGUCGCUCAGCAGGACCUCGGGUGCGAGAGCUUCGCCAGGCCCGUUCUGGACUGGGCGGGCUUCAAGGGCGUCUUCGCCCAGAACAACUGGUACCAGGGCGCCGUGGACGUGGCGUACGGCCCGGAGCUCGAGCGCGGGUGGCGCGAGGCGGCCUUGGAGUGCCCGCUGGGCUUCACCGUGGCCAACCUCAUCAAGGCGAUGCUGUGCGCGCACACGGAGUCCAUCUGCUUCCGCGCGCACGCGGUCAUGAUCGAGGACGUGCUGAGCGACAUCCCGCUGCACGCGGUGGCGAGCAGCGGGUGGCCCGUGCUGCGGCUGAUCUUUCACUUAACCGAGGCCGUGCGCAGGCACCACUUCAAGCUCGACUUCGAGCCCGCAGAGCUGCUGGAGGCGGUGGCAGAUCGGAUUGCCGCACAUGAAGGCAAGCCGCGUACCAGCUUUCCCCACAGGGCUCUGGGCCUGCGCAUCGUCUACGCCACCAUGGCGUACGGGGCCAGCUUCAGCCCGUACGUCGGCACAAUGUGGCGCAAGGUCAACCGCGACGGCGCCGACAGGGACAUGACAGACAAGAGGGCCCCCGUCGCAGCGGUACCAUGGGAGAGAGCCAAGGAGAUGGCCGAAAACGACUUGAUCUACCGCAGACAGGACCACGACGGGCAGGAUCUGGCCAAUUUCCAGCAGAUCCACAAGGUAAUGUCUGUGCAGGUCUACAGGAAUACGGAUUCGAAAACGCCGGAACGGCAGCGUCAUGAAGACCCGCGAGGCACCUCACUGCUGUCCUGCGCCCACAACAACGACAGCCUGAUCUUCGGCACGGGCAACCUGCACACGACAGCACAGACGCGUGCAGGGCUGCAUGCGCACAAGGGCGACCCCAACGGCGCGGCGGAGAGGCCCGAGCCUGGAGUGCGCCACGGCGGCCCCGUGCGCGCGCAGACGCGCGAGCCCAUGGGGAGCGUGGAGAGCACGCAGAGGAGGCGGUGCGAGUCCGGAGCCUACGGGCAGUGCGUGGAGGCUGCCGCCCACUGCAUCCACGGGGAGCCCUCCAUCCUCAACAAGUUCACGCUGCCAUUGGCGGCAGGCGCAGGUCCGCGCGGAGCUGUUGGAUCGGCGAUGGGGUGA